AUGGCCCUGGCUGCUGCAUUCAACAGUCCGCAGCUUUCACAGAUCUUCCUCCGGAGGGGCACAGGCACCCUGUCAGCCUCGGUUCCAGCAUGGCCAUUUCGAAACCUCAUCUCCGCUUCCAUCGCAAUACCCUCAAUCGCAACAAGUAUCCCCGGACUCAUUUCCGACAUUUGGGAGGGUAUCCUGCGGGCAGUUCCCAAGAAGAAAACGUCACAUAUGAAAAAGAGACAUCGACAACUGGCUGGGAAGGCCCUGAAGGAUUCAAAACAGUAUCUCGCCUUGCAUUCAAUCGAUGAAGCCCACGCCACAGAUAUUUUUGCACUCGCUGUAACUCGGACCCAAAUCCUCACAGGCUCCGGCGAAUCCUCGAUUAAAAUCCACUCUGCUACCGAAGAUGGCUUUCCCAUCGCUCAGGUGCUCAAAGACGCGCAUAAACUCGGUUGCCACCACAUUACUACGGACCGCGAGACUGGCACGAGAGCAGUGAGCGUCGGCUUUGGUGGUGAGGUCAGAGUAUGGAAAUACGAGGAGGGAAAGUGGAAGGACGAUGGGGAUAUUGAUGUCGGUCCCAAGAAGAACGCAGGGGAGGUCUGGGCUGUGUCUUUGUCCACUGAUGGAAAGUUCGUCGCCGGGACAACUCACGACGGGCGAGUGAAUGUAUGGAAUCUGGAAGAUGCCGCGAGCCGAGAGAAGAUCAGGGACUUUGAGACGAAAGGAAGCUUCGGCAUGUCUCUCGACAUGUCACCAGAUGGUCGAUUCAUUGCCAGCGGCCAUGAGUCUGGGGGAAUCUAUCUGUUCUCCACCGCUACAUCGCGCCUGCUGCACUCGCUUCCCGGACUCAUCAACCCCGUGCGUGCCGUCAAAUUUUCUCCCGGUUCCACUCUACUUGCAGCAGCAGGUGACGCACGAAUCAUCUCCCUCUAUGAUCCUACGUCGGGCGAACAGGUUGCCAAUCUUAGUGGGCAUGCAGCGUGGAUCACGGACCUGGACUGGAAUCACAGUGGUCAGUACAUCUUGAGUGGAGGUCUGGAUGGUAAGCUUAAAGUGUGGGAUAUCGAGCGAAGAGUUUGUGUUGCGACACAUGGCGAGAGCGACAAAGGUCUAUGGUGCGUUAAGUGGCUACCUAAGGGUGAGACCAGUGUUGAGAGACAGAAGGCCGAAAGGUUUGUUACUGUGGGAAGUAAUAAGGCUAUCGCCAUCUACCGGGAAGCCACAGGUGGAUAA